GAAAUACUAAUUUGUAAUUCCAAAACAAUAAUAACAAUAGUCUGAUGCAGCGGACGACUCACUGGCCUUCACCAAAUUGGCUGGAAACGACGGGUUUUAGUUCUGGUGAUCACCACCAUGGAAUAGACGUCGGCGGUGAUUAUUACGGGGGUUCAUCGUCGAUGAACGUGAAGGAGGAUCAGGAUCAGCCGAUGAUGGGUGGCGACGACGAUAAAACUUCACAGCAUAAAAUGGGUAUCAAAUGGGCUAGAAAUAAACUUCACAGCUUCCAUAUUCACAUAUGGAACCGAAGAAGGGAGCAUGAUUCAAUACAUAUUCAGCUAUGCGAAGCUGCAACAAGAGGCGAUUGGAAGGCUGCAGAAGAAAUAGAGAAGAAAAGCAAAGGAAUCUUAUCCGAGGUAAUUAGCAAAGAUAGAAAAGAAACAGCCCUUCACAUUGCUACAAGAUUCAACAAAGCUGCUUUUGUGGAGAAAUUGAUCAAAUAUAAGCUAACACAAACAGAUUUGGAAGCCAAAAAUAUAUAUGGAAACACAGCCCUCUGCAUUGCUGCUACAUCAGGGGCUGUGGAUAUUGCGGAGUUAAUGUUCCGAAAGCAUAAUGAUUUAGUCCUCACUCGUGGCUCGGCCAAUGCGACUCCAGUUUUGAUUGCUGCUAGAUAUAAGCAUAGCCAUAUGGUUUCUUUUCUCCUCAAGUCUAUGAACAAAAUUGUCCAAAAAAUGGAAAUUAGUGAGCAAAUGGAGCUUCUUCUUAGUGCCAUUGCCUCUGAUCAUUACGAUAUAGCUUUUCUUAUUAUAGAAUGGAACAAGUCAUUAGCACUGAUACGAGAUUCCAACGAUUAUACACCCUUGCAUAUAAUGGCUCGAAAAUCUAAUGGCACAAUUGGCACAAAAAAUAACCCAACCAAGUGGCAAUCAUCCAUCAAUAAAUUUUUCAAGCAUGUAUACAAGAACAAAAUGAUGCAAAUAAAAGCCCAUCAAACAGUUGAACUAAUGUGGAGUGCUGUUCGAGAGAAGGUUCAAGAAGAUAACAAUUGGAAUUGCAUCUUACAUCCCUCAAGCAUGUUACAUGAUGCUGCAAGUGUUGGAAACGUUGAAUUUGUGAGAGUUGUACUUAAUCAAAAUCCCGAGCUUCUACGGGUCCUUGAUGGCAGUGGGAAGAGCAUUUUUCAUGUAGCUGUCGAGAAUCGACAACGUCGCAUAUUCAAUUUAAUUUAUGAUAUGAAGCUGUUCAAUCCAGAUGACUUGUUGUACUAUUUCAAUGAGGAAAAUAUAAGCUUGCUUGAAUUAGCUGCCAAAAGGGCAGAUCCAGGUCAUCUCGAUAGGGUCUCAGGAGCAGUCUUUCAAAUGCAUCGAGAGCUUCUAUGGUUUAAGGAAGUGGAGGACAUAGCAGAGCGUACAAUGAGAAUAAAGCAAAGGAAGAAAACACCACAAGAAUUAUUUACACAAGAACACAGACAACUUGUGAAAGAAGCAGAAAAAUGGGUGAAGAGUACAGCAAAUUCAUGCAUGUUGGUUGCAACUUUGAUAGCCACUGUAGUUUUCACUGCAGCCUUCACAGUACCAGGUGGCAACAAUGACAACAAUGGCUUUCCCUUGUUUCUUCACCACAAAUGGUUCAUUGUGUUUGUGAUCUCAGAUUCAAUAGCUUUGAUCUCAUCUUCAACUGCAAUUCUAUUGUUCUUGUCGAUAUUAACGUCUCGGUGCGUUGAGACAGAUUUUCUGUUCUGGUUGCCAUUGGAGUUGGUGUUUGGUCUUGGAUUCCUCUUCCUUUCUGUGCUGGGAAUGGUGUUGGCUUUCAGUGCUUGCUUGUUCUUGCACUAUGGGAAAGAUCAUUUUUCUUGGAUUCCAUUGCUGAUUAGUGGGAUGACUAUUGUUCCCAUUUUUUGGUUUUGUAUGUUGCAAUGGAAACUUUGGGCUGAUGGUUUAGCAGCAUUACAUGCCACUGGGAUGUCUUAUUUAUUAAAGGAUAGGAAGAACAAAGUAUUCUGAUGUAACAAAUUAAUGUUUAUAUUUAAAAAUUAAUUAUAUCUGCAUGUUUAUUUAUUUAUGUAGUUUGAAUGA